GCAUCAACUUGCUGAUACAGUGUCUUCUCCAGUUUCCGAAUAAGAGUUGUCUAUCCUGAUUUGAAAUCGACAAGAUGAAGAUAGCGAUCGUUCUGGUUCUCUUGGUUGCCCUGGUCUCCGUACAGGAAGCCGACGCCUGGUUCAGAUUCCGUAGAAUUGUCAGACGAGUGGUUCGUGGUGUGAGCAGGGUGGUCAGGGUAAUCAACAGGGUGAAGACAGUCUGGAACAACGCUAAGCAGUGCUGGGAAACUAUCAAGGGCAUAGGGAAACGUGACGAGAACAGCUUCGAUCUGAACAAAGAUGGCCACGUUGACUUGGAAGAACUCAGCAAGAUGAUUGGCGAGCGAGAAGCACGUGACUUAAUGGAUGCCUUGUCUGGCUCUUAUGACCCUGUUCCAGUUGAGGAGUUUAAACGAAAUGUUCGUGACCUAGCCGAACUUUCAGAAGAAGAUCUCAUGAAGCAGGUGGAAGAGCUCUCCGAGAUGGAGUAGGAUCGCCAUCGCGAUCAUCAGAACAAGUUGAAACAAUAAAGAUUUGUUUUUCA